UAAAUUAAAGAGUCCCUCCUGGGCCUUCUGGUUAGGACUAUGACCCUAGCCAUCUAGGGUAGACACCCGAAUCCUGCGCUAAAGAUUGGCUGACUCAUAUGACGACAUCUCAUUCACUCAUUCAAAAUCAUCCAAAUAAAAAUACAAAAUUAAUACAAAAUCUAUAUCCGUUUGCAUUCUUCAUCUCCCUCUAUAUAUAUCAUAGGACUGUCCCCAUAACAGUUAACCCCUAUCAAGUUGAGCCAAAUAAGCUAGGUUUGUUUGCAAAGAUGGAGUACUAUUUCCCAGCUAGCUCAGAUGGUUCCAAUUUCUCUUCUUCCUCAGUGAUCACCAACACCAACACCAACAACAUCAACAUCAAUGGCGGGCGCAACAAAGACAAAAUGAAGAAGGGUACUAGUGGUAAUGAUCAGAAGAGCAAGAACAAAGUGAAGCUGUCGACAGACCCACAAAGCGUGGCGGCGAGGGAGAGGAGGCACCGCAUCAGCGAAAGGUUCAAGAUCCUGCAGAGCCUGGUCCCCGGUGGAACCAAGCUGGACACUGUGUCCAUGCUGGAGGAAGCCAUUCAGUACGUGAAGUUCUUGAAGAGUCAGAUAUGGCUUCACCAGACCAUGAUCAACUUUGCGGGAGAUGAUGAUAAUCAGUACUACGAUCACGACCCUACAUCUGGAAAUGUGUUCCAGCUUCCGGUUCAUCACGGCCAACCAGUUGAUCCUCCUCAUCAGCAGGCUUUGUGCUAUGGACAGAAUAGUUUCGUGGGUACUAGUUCGGUGCAGCCAUCGGUUCCAGUAAUGCCGGAAUAUUCUUGCUUCCAAGGUCAAGAAGCUACGCCUAACAUUGAAGCCUAUAUGAAGUAUUAUAGCUAGCUCAUCUCAAUUUAGCCAAGUCUCUGUCCCUUUCUCUGUGCUUGUUGUGAUAUGAAUAGCAUAUUUAUGUAUUAGCAUUAGUACGUCCUGGGUUAGCUAGGUAGCUUUGAUUUGAUGGUGGAGGUAGUAGUGGUGUAUUUCAUAACAAGAUUAAUGUUAAUGAAU